AAUUUUAGUGGUUAAAGUUGCUUGAACACCUUAGCACUGUUUAAUAGUGCUAAUGUGUUUAAGGAGCAGAGAAUAGGAAAAUAAUCCAGAGAACAUGGCUAUGCUGAGGAGAUCUAUGUUGAAAAGAGGAAUGCUCAUAGAUGUAUUAACUGGAAUUUUUAACGAAAAUUAUCCCAGAAGUUGUCAUUAAAAAACAUCAGUUAAAAUGACUUGAGUAUGGCAUUUACCAGACUCUUUGAGGCUGGCUGAAUGAUUAAGAACACAUUUAUGAGGAUAUGACCGAAUUUGCAAAAGGUAUCACAAAUAUAGCUGAACUUGAGACAAACUAGUUCAUUAAGACAAGUAGUCACUGGAACAGUUCAAAGAGAACAUUCUAUUUUCUACUACAAGUGCUUUGGAUGAAACAAAUUCUUCUGUAGAAUAUAUUUUAUGAAAGCUUUAUUUAUUGGAAAAUGUUGCAGACAGAGGAAAAACCUUACAAAUGUGAGGUUUGUGGUAAAGUGUUUUCUCGAAACAGUCACUUAAUAGUUCAUAUUCGUAGUCACACAGGUGAGAAACCAUACCACUGUGAAAUUUGUGGGAAAACAUUUUCCCGAAUGACACGACUUACAGAUCAUAGAAGUACUCAUUCAAGAGAAAAACUCUACAAUUGUGACAUCUGUAACAAAUCCUUUUCUUGUAAUAGUUACUUGUCAGAUCAUAGACGUAUUCACAAAGAAAAAAUAUUCAACUGCGAAAUUUGUGAAAAAAAAUUUUCUCGUAAUUCUGAUUUAAUGUAUCAUAAACGUGUUCACACUGGAGAGAAACCAUUUGACUGCGAAAUCUGUGGUAAAGCAUUUUCACGUAGUAUUAAGUUAUUGUAUCACAAACGUAUUCACACAGGAGAAAAACCAUACCAAUGUGAAACAUGUGGGAAAGCAUUUUCUCAAAAUAGUGCAUUAAGAGAUCAUAAGCAUAUUCAUACAGGAGAAAAACCAUACCAGUGUGAAAUCUGUGGGAAAGUGUUUUCACGCAGUACUAAAUUGUCAGACCACAGAAGGCUUCACAGUGGAAUAAGGCAAUACCAAUGUGAAAUUUGUGAGAAAGCAUUUACAUGUAGUAGUCACUUAUCAAGCCAUAUACGGACACAUACAGGGGAAAAACCAUACCAGUGUGAAAUUUGUGGUGAAGCAUUUUCUAAAAAUGGAAAUUUAUCGCGGCAUCAUCUCAUUCACAGUAAAAAAUGAAUUGUAUCACUAUGAAAUUUGUGAAAAUGUCUUCAAAUCUAGAUAUUAAUUAAUCUUGUACACAUUUUACAGAUUAAAGAGUAAAUGUAGCGGUAGAUUACUGAGAGAUAUUUUCUCAAAACCGUUUCUGAAUUUUAAAGAAAUAUGUUGACACUGAGCAUAACAUGUCAUAUGAUGAGUAAUUUCAGGGGCAUAGUUUUGCCAUUCUGUGUAGUAUCAGGUAAUGUCUUCAUCAUCAUCAUCGUUUAACGUCUGCUUUCCAUGCUAGCAUGGGUUGGACGAUUAUAAAUACAAUAUCAUUACUUUACUUUAUUGAGAUUUCAUGCCCAUAAAAUACAAUGAAAUGAAUACUAAUUUUGAAAAGGAAAAUUUUUAUCUAAAUGAAAUGAAACAAAUUUCUUUGGAACAGUAACACUGUUACAGAUGUAAUAUUACCUAGUUUUUAACCACAGUGGCAAGAGUAUAUCCCUAAUUAGUAUAUAGUAACUAAGGGAGAUAUAUCCUGUAGGAGCGGAGUUAUCUCCCUUAAGGAGUUAAACAAACGACAGAGACACUGCUAAUUAGUAAAUAAGUAAAUCUUUAUCCUUGUGAUGUUUGUAUACACCUUCCCAGUUGGUACGACAUUUAACACCAUAUCUUGUAGUUUAUAUUAUAUAAAUGUCUUGACAAUUCAUUUGAUUGUUGUUUAACCUUGAGUCAUCCCAGAUUGAUUCCGACAAAAACUAGCCUAUUUUUUGAACAUUCAGAAUUACAUUGUCCACAGAGUCUUAUUCUUAUUUGAGAUGGUAGGGUUUGAUUCGAGAUUUGUCUGCUAUUUCUAGCAGGUUAUGUUACUACAUAGAGCUUUCCUCAGUUACCUUGCAGUUUCUUAGUAUAUUUUACUCAGGUAACAAAUGAUGGUCACAAAAUAUCAAAAUAAAUGUGUUUGAUAUUUCUCAUGUCUUCAACAAUUACAAAAUAUUUAUUGAAUAUAUUUCCUAAUAAACAUGAUAAUUAUUUCAGGAA